CGCUUCACUCCCUCGCUGCUUGCUGGCACUACUGGCAGGCACGAACGUUCACGUUACCACCGAGGACCCCAAGAGAUAACGGGACUUAGACGAGCUGGACAAGCGGGCUACAGACGUAAUAGGAUAAUCAGUCCAAGUCGUAUUUCCCCCGACCGGUGUCAUGUCAGCUCGCGGGGCCGUUUUGGUGGUCCUGUGCGUGGUCCUCGCGGUGACGCGUGCUCGCCGGAGUUCAGCGGAGCAGGAGGAUGUUGAGGAGCAGAUGAACAGCGCCAGAUGCACCUCCAGGUGUCUCACCUUGCACAUGACUCAGAUUACUGCUGCAUUCAGACACAUCCAGACUGACCGAGUUCUCGUUUGGUGUGAGAACCACAGACGUUGUGCACAGUGUCUUCAACCAUGCAAAGGGCUUUGGGAAACCAAGAUGCUUUCUCUGAAGUCCUGUGAGCAGAAGCAGACAGAGUGUGUGACCAGCAGCGACUUUCUGACAUCUCUGAGGUCAUCCAGACAGGGUGACUGCCCUCCACCGCAACGUGCGACUGGAUUUGCAGCCGCCUGUGUGGAAAGCUGCUCACUAGACCAACAUUGUCCUUCCCCCAGGAAGUGUUGCUUCAAUGGAUGUGGACACACAUGUCAAACACCAGCCAAUCUUUUCAAAGGUGUUCCUCUGAAACCCCGCAGAGAUAUGAGCUUUGUGGAGGACCCAGUGGGUCGGGUAAAAGUGAUGUGGGUGUCGAAGUUCAAUGUCAGCAUAGAGCCGGUCGUUUACGUGCUCCAGUCACGCUGGAACACGGGCAUUCACCCCAGUGAAGAUAAUGCGUCCCCAUGGAUCACUGUUGCCAUGACCCUUUCUGAGGAUGCACUACUGUCAGAUCUGAGACCUCAGCGUUGGUAUCAGUUCAGAGUGGCGGCAGUAAACAGUCAAGGCAGCAGGGGCUUCACCACACCAAGCAAGCACCACAUCUCCAGUAAAGACCCGUCGCCUCCAGAACCGCCACUAAAUAUUCGAGUGAGCAACCAGACUCUGAUUGGGAUGACUUCACAAGCAGGAUCUCAGAUCAUAGAAAGGUCAGGAGGAAGUGGGAUCACUGUAACUGUCCUAAUACGCUGGGACUCCCCUCAGGAGGGAGACCUCCCAGUCCACAAUUACAGGGUCACCUGGAUGUCUCAACAUAGGACACGAAAGCACACACACUCAGAGCAUGCAAACACACAUGAAUUGCAUAACAACAUGCAGGCCCAGCUUACACAGCCACAUGCACACCAGCAGAGUAAAAAAGGAAGCAACAGCAGAGUGACUCAGGGGGUGCAGUGUGAGCUGUGGCUACAGGGUCUUCUCCCUGAUACUUCCUACUUCCUGUCUGUACAGUCAGUAGCCCACUGGGAUCAGAAGAGACUGAAGAGCCCAAGAGCCCACAUUGUCUUUACUACAGUCUCCUAUAAAGAUUUUACCAAAAGAGAAGACUUCUCCAAUGAGCUCCCCUCUGCGGUUUCCUCAUCAUCCCCAUCGCUGUCCUUGUUUCCUUCCCUCUCAUCCUCUCCCGACCUCCCCCUUUCGUCUUCUCUUCCUCACCUUGAAUCCCCUCUUGACCCUGUCAUCCCUGGUGACCUUCGCCUGGAGGUUGCCGCCCCCCAUUACCAUAGUGGUCAGCUGCAGGUCAAGGUGUUCUGGAAGAGGUCUAACCACGCCAGAAACCGUCAACCUGGUCCAUACAUGUUGCGGUGGGGUCCACAUACUUGCAGCUCUAAUGUUACAGGCACUGAGGGCUCAGCAAGUGUGCAGAGUACCCAUUACACCAUCACAGGCCUACUGUUUGCAUGUAAGUACUGGGUCGCUGUGGCAAUGAAGACUGAUCCUGAGUCAGAAGCUGUUGCCUGGGUUACUACCCCAACUUGCUCUUCCAUCAGGAUCAAAGGAGGCAAAGCUUUGCCCUGCGGCAUAAAAGAGCGCCCCCUAGCCCGCAGAAAGGUGAUACUGCGCCCAGAGCGUCUGACGGCAGGUUUUCAGCAAGCCAAUGGUACACUGCUGGCUGUGUUUCGCUGGAGGCUAUCCCAACAAGCACUGGACCUGGCAGAGGUUCAUGGGUUCCAGUUCACUUGGACACUGCAGUCAGGUGUAACCUUGGGAGCAAAAGGCCACGAGGACACGCUUAUCUCUCAGACACAGACAAUCGCACCGUCUCAGCGAGCAGUGAUAGUUCAUGGUCUCCAGGGUGACAGUGUUUACCAGGUGCAGCUUAAGGUUUUAACUACCGGAGGCAGCAACGGCGCUGCAGUCUUCAAGACUUUUCACACCCCUGCACUGUGAGGUCCAAAUGCUAUGAGACUCUGCUGCACCACUAUUGGGUUCUUUACCAACACAUACUUCCAAACCUUCUUUCAAAAUGCAACUCAUUUUAAGUAGUAAAAUUAAGUAGCAUUUUCCCUCUUGUCCUGAUUGUUUGCCCCUCUCUUUAUUUUAACAUCAGACAUGAGUAAGCCAAUAUAAAUGUUGAUUUUUUUUUUUUUUAUCAUAAAUGGAUCACGCUACAAUACUUUUCACAAGAAAUGUGAACCGUAGAUACAAGUCUACAUACAGUAUACAGUAUGGUAUAUAGCACAUUGUUGAGCUGAAUAUAUAUGCUAAAUAUUCAAUUUAAUAGGAUACUCUACGUCACUGGAGCCAAAUGACAUCUGCAAAGUGGUGUUGGACACCUGUUUUGUCAUGUAUUAUUUAGAAAUGAAGAAUCCCAAUUAGAAAAUGUUCUAGCACUGACCUUAUGUACGAAUAGAAAUGUAUGUCUAUCGAUUGUGUUUAUUGCAGUUGGACUGCAAUGCUAUCUUUCAUGUGGUUCUUUUUGCUGGAGUAAACUCAAAUAUUCUGUUUCAGAAAUUUUUAUUUUUAAACAUUUGUACUGAAAUGUGGAUGAAUAUUUGUGUUUGAUAUAUAGUUGGUGUGUUCCAGCAAUUAUAUGUAUCAUGACUUUUCCACACUGUUUUUGCUGUACUUGUGGAAGAAAGAGAAUUAUGUUGAAAUACACUUUAUGUUGCCUUGUUUUUUAUGUUUAUUUCUGAAAUUCUAUUUUACUGAUGUUCAUUUUGUGCAUAGUUCCUUCUACUCUUAAUCUGAUAGUUGUAUUUAUUGUUUCCAUGUCUUUAUUCUUGUAAUUAAAUGUUAAGUUACCA